UUUUUUGUUUCCUUAUAAUUUUCAUUUUAUCCAUAGGAUUCAUUCUAAUAUAAUUUCGUUUCCAUAUUUGUCUGAGUUUUGUUCUUUAUGUCGCUACUCGUAACGCAAAAAGACGGCGUGUAACUGUAAGUACACUAUUUUUGGAGCAUGAUUAAGAACGCGGUCGUUAGAUCGACGUCGGCUGCUGAUCUCUUUCCUUGAUUUUUUGUAUUUUUUUUGAUAGUGCGAGAAUCGAGAAGUGAAGAGACUUUUAGCAUCAAAAGUAGGUCACUACGUUGGACAAGUUGAUGGAUGGCUACGCAAACAGCGCAAGAACAUUCACAUUCAGUCUCCUGUAGGUUUGUCGAUGGUAGUUACGCACAGAGAAUCAUGGUUCAUGAGUAGCAUAAGAUUCGCAAAAUGCUCGAUCCAGUAAUUGUCGUGGUUAGCUAUAUCAUGCUAGUGAAGAUACAGAUGAGUCGCGGAGACAGCCCAAGCACCAGAACGUCUUCACCUUUAUCCUCCCGUGGCCGACGCACGCUCACAGAUGAGAUGGCUGUAGUUUUCUCAUCAAGAUAACCAAGUGCAAGUUGUUGUAACAUUGAUAAAUAAACUCGAAGUGAAUCCACCGUUUAUCUAAUUAGCGCAGUGACUACAGUGAUUUUUGAAGUACUUAAAUGGUAGGACAAAGACCGGAAAGUCCGCAACGACUUUUUUAAAUUUAUUUUUUCAUGUAUGAGUGUGCUGUAGUGAAGAGGAAAUUUAUUUGUAGUUUCAUCUCGUGAUAGUGUGUUGGCUAACGGCCUCUAAUUAAAUACGUUAGUUAAAACCCAACGAGAGGUAUCAUGACAUGACAUGUUGGAGUGAGUAUUUUUUGAUUUUUGAGAAAUAGGUUGCUUGUUGUGGUUCGACGUAGUUUGCAUUUGUUCGUCGAUCAUUUUUUGUCUUGGUCAAAUACCUCACCGAUCAAUAUGGCGCCACAACUUCUCGUUGACGAUGCGUCUUCUGCCCCGACGCAGAAAGAUGCUGGAGAUGCCGAUGCGCAGCUUGUGCUGCAGCGGGACCUUGAGAAGGGCGUAAAAUCGAAACGGCGGCCUGCCUGGACCUGGUCAGAUACUAGCAGGCAACUUCGCUUUCUCGGUCUCGGAUUUGGCGGCUAUUUUUUGCUCAUUGCGGUCCUGGGCACGGUGAUUCGUCUUGUGUGUACCGGCAUUCAGGACGUGAACAAUUUACAGCAGAAAAUUGCAGACGUUAUUGGACAAGGGGAGCUGUCAACGACCCUUGGUGCAUCAAACGAUGCUGUUGCAACAGCAGCGAAUUCAUCAAGUAGCUCCUCGAGCGAAACAGGGAAUAGCCAUAUUGUCGUGGAGACCCAACAGGGUCGAAUUAUUCCCUACGAGGAUUUAGACACGCGAGCUCAUAUGUUUGCGCAAGUCUUCGCGAUUCCUUUGUCGGUGCUGUUUAUCUUCGUGUUUACGGUGCCAUUCCUCCUUAUCGUGUGCGCUAGCAGUGAAAAAUUCAUACGACCUGAAGAUUUUCGCUUCUUUCAUGAGAGCCACUGGUACAAUGCGCGUGACUCGCCAUUCAUACAGCCGACAAACCAGCAACAGCAACCUGGUGCGGGGGAAUCAUCGCCGUCCUCACCAGGAGCAGCCUACAGAGCUAUUGUCGACGGCGGGGCGGAUAGUCCGGCUGCACGUCAAACAACUGCCUCCCAGCCCAGCACCCUGUACCUCCUGUAUCAAUACGCCUUCGGAUUAGGAUUGACACCGGCGGAUUACGGUGAGCCAACAUCCUCCUCAGAGCAAAGUCAGCACCUUUCGCAGCUCACAAGUGAGCACCAAAUCACGAUCGCAGCCUCACGAUGUCACUAUGUUCUCCGCUGGCUCGCUUUCCGACUGCUCUCACUUGCUGUUGGCGUUUGCAUGUUCAUCUCGUCCGGACUGCCAUUAGUCUUUUCAGUCUUGAUCUUCCAACUCAUGGACUCAUUGGGCGCCGAGAUGCAGCCGGUUCGGCAAACGCUCCUCUCAUACCUUUUCCCCUUGGCCUGCUCGGGUGACGCUUGCGCUGACAUAACGACGCAGGACAAACUCGUAACCAAUUUAACUACUUGA